AUGCCAUUGAUUAAUUUUGUUUGGCUCACUAGAGAGCAUUUUAUGGGAGCUGAUUGGAGAGAAGCUUUCUUCUUUAAUGUGAUAUCAGCACAUGGUUUGACGAAUAUGUUACCCACAUCAUGCACAUCCAAAUUUAGCUCAGCUCUGUGUUUAUUUCCUGAAACUUUGGUCCCAGAUAUCCAAACCCCAUUAUUUUUAAUCGAAUCAGCAUUUGACUCAUAUCAGAUAUCACAAAAUGUGUUCUCUCCGAGUGAUACUAGCCUGAGAUGGAUCAGUUGCACCCAUAACUUGAUGUUUUGCAAUUGGACUGAUAUAAAAAUAAUGAAAGAUUUUAGGUACACAUUCAUAAAUACGCUGAAAAGUACAAUUAAGAAUAGCUCAUCAAGGAGAGGCUAUUUUGUACAUAGUUGCUACCAACAUGGACAUAUGGAAUACAAACGCAGAUCGACAUGCUCAUCGUUUGUUGGAAACGGACUUGCUAACAAAACGAUAGCACAAGCUGUGGGAGAUUGGUUUUUCGACCGGAGCGAGUUCCAGGAGAUGGACAUGCUCAAUGACUUGCCACGGAACUGCACUAGCUUCGACGACCAACCUACUUUGGAGAAAAAGUGUAGGGAUUAUAUUCAUCAUUAGAUGCCAUGAAUUGAUAGUUUGUGAAUUUGAAUUUCUAUUUUCAAUUAUGAAUGAAGGGUUAAAGUUUUCAGUUAAA